AUCAGCAUUGCAAAAAUGGAGAUAUUAUCACAAUUGUGGUCACUGUUAGGGUUACUCACCGUUCUGCAAAAUGUGCUUCCAUCUCAGAUUCUCUCUCUGCUUCACUCUGUAUACGAAUCAACACAAGAUCUGCUAUCUCCUUACGCAUACGUUGAGAUCCCUGAGUUCAACGGCUACUGCGGCGUUGACCUCAACGACCUCUACCGCCACGUGCACCUCUACCUGAACGCAGCCGCGUCUGCCUCCCCCGCCGCCUCGUGCCGCCGCGUCACGCUCUCCCGUUCACCCUCCUCCUCCCGCGUCACCUUUGCCGUAGCGCCAAACCACACCGUCCACGACUCCUUCGGCGGCCACCGCCUCUCUUGGACGCACCACGUCGACGGCGUACAAGACUCCCUGGACGAGAAACGAAGCUUCACUCUCCGUCUACCGAAGCGCCACAGGCAGGCGCUACUGCCGUCCUACCUCUCCCACGUCACCUCACGCGCGGAGGAGUUCGAGCGCGUGAGCCGCGAGCGCCGCCUCUUCACCAACAACACAACCGGCUCCGGUUCCUUCGAGUCCGGAUGGGUUUCCGUCCCGUUCCGCCAUCCCUCAACCUUCGAAACCCUGGCUCUCGAGCCAGAACUCAAGAAACAAAUAAAAAACGACCUCGUUUCGUUUCAAAACGGCAGAGAGUUUUACCACCGGGUUGGGCGUGCGUGGAAGCGGGGGUACUUACUCCACGGUCCACCCGGUUCCGGUAAAUCGAGCCUCAUAGCAGCUAUGGCUAACUUCCUCUGUUACGACGUAUACGACUUGGAACUCACAAAAGUUUCGGAUAACUCUGAGCUGAGGUCGCUACUAAUCCAAACGACGAACCGCUCCAUUAUUGUUAUAGAAGACAUUGACUGUUCCGUGGACUUAACCGCUGACAGAACGACGAAGAAGCAACCGGCCAAGUCGUUUAAGAAGUGCAAAACGACGAUGUCGUCUUCGGGUUGUGAAGAUAGCGGGAGGGUUACGCUUUCAGGGCUCCUGAACUUCACGGACGGGUUGUGGUCGUGUUGUGGCGAGGAGAGGAUUGUGGUGUUCACUACGAACCACAGGGAUAGCGUGGACCCUGCGCUGGUUCGGUGUGGGCGCAUGGACGUGCACGUGAGCCUUGGCACGUGCGGGAUCCAUGCGUUCAAGGAGUUAGUUAGGAACUACCUCGGGGUUGAGUCUCAUGCGUUGUUCGAUGCCGUGGAUGCGUGUAUUAGGUCGGGUGGGUCCCUCACGCCGGCGCAAGUUGGGGAGAUCCUAUUGAGGAACAGAGGGGAUGCUGACCUGGCGAUGAAGGAGGUUGUGGCAGCGAUGCAAGGGAGGAUGCUGUCUCUUGCGGCCGCUGGAGGCGGUGGUGGGGAUCAGAUGGAUAAUGAGGA